CCUCCGCGCAUUUGGCAUUGUUCAAUAGUCUGUGCUCAUCAAAGCGCUGUUCAUAUUUGACCUCGUGCGAAAAGUGCACAUUUCACAAUUCUCCUUCAAAAGCACUGAUGAUGCGCCUUUCAUUCUUCGGCCUAGCUCUGGCAGCUGCCGCUUCCCCCAUCUCCGCCGAUGACCAGCCCCGAGCAGCGUGUGAGGAUAAUAACGCACGCCUAUAUGUGGCCUCGUACUCCGGCGGGAUCAAGACUUUGGAGUACACCAGCAAUGAUGGCAAGCUCAGUCUAACCAAGAACGGCACCGAGUGUAAUCCUGCUGCUGUGUGGCUCGAGCUUGAUAAAGCCAACAAGGUUCUAUUCUGCAGCGAGGAGACCAAUGGUGGGCUUUAUUCCUUCAAACAAGAGGAGGACGGCUCUCUCACCAAGCUCGCAAGCGCCGACGUCGUCUAUGCUCCCGUCUCCAGCACUCUCUUCAACAACGACGGUAAUCGUGGCAUUGCGCUCGCAAACUAUGCAAACGACUCAACUGGCGGACCUGGUCUGACAACCUUGAGUGCCCCUCUCACUGGCGACAAGCUCGAGAUCCUCCACUACAUCGACCUCUCCAAGGAGAAGGGCUCCAACGCAAACCCUGCGCGCCAAGCAACUCCUCAUCCACAUCAAGUCCUCCUUGAUCCUACCGGGGGCUUCAUACUGACCCCAGAUCUUGGCUCUGAUAUGAUUCGCUUCUUGUCUAUUGAUAAAAGCAACAACAACAUCACCCAGGUCGGUCAAAUCGCCGCGACCCCUGGCUCGGGGCCGCGCCAUGGCAUCUUUUACUCUCCAAAAGGCACCGACAAUUACGACAAGGCGAACCCUCUUUACUACAUCCUUACUCAUGAACUCGACAACACCCUCGUCGUAUACAAGGUCACAUAUCCCACCGAGGGCCAACCGAUCUGGUUUGAGCAAGUCUUCGACACCAACACGUUUGGCGGCAAUGCUCCUCCAGCAGGCGCUUUAGCCUCUGAGGUGCAGAUCUAUGGCAAGUUUCUGUACGCCGCCAAUCGUCUUGACAUGAGUCUCAGGAUCCCCCCGCUUGGUUCAGACCCUAAGGGUGAGGCGACAAUGCUAAGUGAUAGCAUUGCCGUGUUCGAGAUCACAGACGAGGGUCAUCUGAAAUUUUUGACCCUCACAUCAGCUGGUGGCGUAAAUCCCAGGCAUUUCAGCAUAAACAAGGCCGGUGAUCUGGCUGCAGUUGGACUGAGCAACAACAACACCGUGGUGCUGCUGAAAAGGGAUGUCAACACCGGUAUUCUCGGCGAUCCGGCGGCUUGGACUGACGUCAUGGCACCCACCACGGUCAUUUUCGACGAAUAGAACCAUGACGGAAAGUGGUGGUCGUGUUGAACAAUCUAUCUGGGCGGACGAGCUGUUUGUACCGGCCCGACGACAUUUCACCAUGGCUGUGGCGGAAUUUGGAUUAGAAAUUAGGUCCAUAUAGGCUAGCCUCAAUAUAGCUGUAUUCUGACACAAUGGUAUCAAGAAUCGCAAGUCACUAUUUACUGUCUGUGCUUUGAAACUCCUCCCCUCCGGCUGGUAUCGAUGUACUAUCUAUGUAUGGUAGAUAAGUGUACCACAGCCCCUUUGUUUUCACGUUGGCGUGCUUCAGCUGCACAGCUACAGGUAGAACCGUCAUUUUCACUACAUAAGU